ACGAAAAGUGAUUAGAAUUGGCGGAGUAGGCGUUUUCAAGUAUGGAAACACAAAAUACGUUUAAUUUCAGCUAUUGCACGGACCCCAAGUUUAAGCUGAACGUAGUGAAGAAGAAAACAGAUGAUCCAUGCGAUAUAUGUCUUCUGAGAGAAUGGAAGCCGGCUCGCUACGGGGAAUUUAUCGUGAAGGAAUGCAAAUCGACCGAAAACUUGAGGUGCCACUACUUCUGUUUGCUCUCGGGCACCUUUAUUCCACAAAGGGGUGUUAACUCGGCGGGUAUCACAGGCUUCCUCAUACGCGAUAUUAUAAAUAGCUUUUACGAGUAUCGCGAUAAAAAGUGCGCGUACUGUUGCCAUCCCUCAGCCUCCAUCAAGUGUUGCGUUGAUGGAUGCGAUCGAUGGUUCCAUUAUAUCUGCGGUUACAAAAACUCGUGUCUUACACAGUUUUGUGGCCAAUACAAGUCGUUCUGUGACCAGCAUCUACCAGAGGAAUACAGCAAACCACUCCAAACGAAAUAUAAUGAGUGUGAAAUUUGCUACGAGAUUCUUCCCCGCCCAACUGAUGCGGACUACAACCCGAUCGCGAUCAUACGGACUUGCGGUGGGGACGACUGUGAACCCGGCCGGAUGCACCGUGAAUGUGUACAGCACUUCGCAUUUUCUGCCGGCUACGAUUUUAAAUGUCCCAUUUGCUUCUCAAAAGAUUACAACAAUUAUGUGGCACCGCGUGGAAUCUUUGUCCCCAGUCGGGAUGCUUCGUGGGAGCGCGAACCGGGAGCAUUUAAAGAUCUGCACAAAAGAAAGUGUACGGCUGUUGAUUGUGCUCUAGCUUCCACUAAGGACGCUAGAAAUGUAAUGAAGAUGGUGGGUUGCAGUGUUUGCGGUGGCCAGCUAAUGCACAAGAUUUGCACCAAGCUUGCGGACCCAAGGAAAUAUUUGUGCCAGGCAUGCAUGGAUGAAACAUUCAUAAAACUUUUAUAAUGCUAUUGAUAGGAAUGGGCCCCAAGCAUUGUGAUGAUGCGUGGAUGAACAAUACAUUUUACUAUUAGUACUAGUAACGAAAAUAAAGUCAAAACAUUGGGCUGCGGACAGCUUGAGUGAAAUAAAAAAUAUAUGAAUUAAUCACUUUUUAUUGUUAGCAAGCAUGUGAAACAAAGUGCGAAGAAUUU